UCUUUUAUACUGCCACAUCAGAUGUGCGUGGUCGUAAUUUUAUUCGAUCCCUAGUCUGUAAUAAUUUAUUUUGUAUUUUAAUCAUGAUUUUAAAAAGUUUAAGUGCCGUGCUAUUUCUGUUAUACUUCUGCACUGCCGUGCAAGGAGCUCAUAUUUUAGCGUUGUUCUCUUCUCUCUCUUUUUCUGAUCACUACGUGUUCAGGUCCUACGUGGGCCUGCUGGCCCUGCGCGGGCACAAUGUGGUCGUCAUGACGCCGUACCCGGGACAGUUCCAGUUCCCCGAGAAGGAAAGAAUCGUCGAGCUCGACGUCGGAGAGUCCUCAGCGCCAUACUGGGAGGAGUACAAGAAACUGGUCACCAACACGGACGACUACCACAAGAAACUCCGACAGCUGAACGAGUUUUCAGUGAAAGUUGCGAUUUCUCAACUCAAGUCCAAACAGAUGACGGCACUGUUCAUCAAUCCUAAUGUCAAAUUCGACUUGGUGAUCACUGAAGCGGAUGUGCCCCUGCUGUACGCAGUGGCCGAGAAGUACAAGGCGCCCCACAUUGCCUUCACCACCGGAUAUGGAACCAUCCCUAUGUACGAGGCAAAGGGAGCCCCAACUCACCCCCUCUACUAUCCAGAUGUCAACACUUUGAACUUCAGAGAAUUGAGCUUUUGGCAACAGUGGACCGAGAUCAGCCGGUACCUUCAAAGCAAGAGGGAGUAUCACAGCAACUACUUGCCACUGUGUCAAGUUGCUGCAGAAAAGAUUCUAGGAAUAAAGAGGGACCUUGAAGAUAUUGAGAAGGAUAUCGAUCUGCUGUUUGUAUCAGCGAACCCAGCUCUUACUGGCAACCGGCCAUCUGUUCCUGCUAUUGCUUAUGUCGACCGUCUGCAAAUCAAACCAGGAAUGAUCCUUCCACCGAAUUUAUUGGGAGUCCUGAAUGCAGCAGAGAAGGGCGCUAUUUUCUUCAGCCUCGGUACCAUUCAGGAGUCGGAGCAAUUGACUCCUGCGAAGCUGCAAACACUGGCUGAUGCCUUCAAGGAGCUCCCUUACCUUGUUUUGUGGAAAAUCGGGAACACUACCAUGUUUAACAAACCAGACAAUGUGAUGGCCCAAGCAUGGUUCCCUCAGCAAGAAAUAUUGGCUCAUCCCAACGUUAAGGCGUUCAUAACGCAUGGUGGGCCCCGAUCCUUGGAAGAAGCUAUUUUCUAUGAAAAACCUAUCAUCGGUCUCCCGAUGAUUAAAUCUAGGAAGACGUUUAUCAAGGAAAUCACAAGGCUAGGAGCUGGAGAGAUUGUAGACCCUUACACCAUGGACAAAGAGACUCUUGUGGAGAAGAUUGGGCUCGUUGCUUCUAAUGAAAAGUACAAGACGGCCAUGUCACUGUUGAAACAAAACGUGCAGGACCCGGUGGUCUCUGGACCAGAUCAUGCCGUGUGGUGGACUGAGUAUGUGCUACGUCAUCAAGGAGCCAAGAACUUGAGGUCCAGCGCCCGAGAUGCAGGAUUCAUCAGCUAUCUGCUCAUAGAUUUCAUGACUUAUUUAGUAUCAGUGUCAUUGAUAUCUAUUGUUGUAUUAUUUUAUGCCCUUCGUUUUAUCAUUAAGAUGGUCAAAGCACGUCUUACUGGAGAACCAGUGUUGGGUAAAUUCAAAGCUUUGUAAGGUUGUUAAUAAAUUUGUACUUUCGUAACAUUA